AUGAUUAGCUAUUUAAAGUUUAAUAAUAAUAUAAAUCUAGCAAUAAUUGAUGGUCAUUAAUUAUUAUAAUAAUAAUCUCAAAAUUCUUUAGUUAAUAUUUUGGAAGUAUAAAAUAGUUACUUUGGAAUGGCAUUUACUGAAAUAAAAUAAAAUAAGUACUUAAUACUAGAUAGCUUUUUGAUAAAUACUAAUUCUUCCUUUAUUGAUAUUCUAAAUACAUCUAUGAAAAGCUAAUUAAGCAACUCAUCUGUUAGUUUAAUAACAUUUAUUUCAAAUAACCUUUAAAUAACAAAUUUUACUCUAGAAGCGAGUUAAUUAUAAAAUGUUUCACCAAUUGCAAUUAACUAAAGCUAAGUGCUUAUAAAUUAAUCUUAUUUUAUUUCAAAUAAACUUUAUUCUACAUAAUAUGGAGGAGGUGUCUUUUAUUUUGAUUCUUCUCAUGUUAAAAUAUAAAAUAGUUAAUUUAUAGAUAAUGAAGCUUAAAAUGGAGGAUCGCUAUAUUUUAUUAAUAUGUGUGAUUGUCUACUAAAUAAUGUAACUUUUAUGAAUAAUACAGCUAGAGAAAAUGGAGGAGUUUUUUUACUUAAUGACUCAAAUAUCUAAAUAUAGAACAGUACUUUUGAAAGAAACAAAGCUUUAAUUGGAGGAAUAGCUAGAUAUUUCACCUUUAUACCCUUAUUCCUUAAAAAAAAUGGAAGCGACUUAGUUUAUGAUUCAUGUGGUACAACUUAUUAAAAUAAAUGCAUAGAUAAUUAUGGUUAAUUCUUUGGUAACAAUUUCUGCUCUUUUCCAUAAAGUGCUAAAAUUAAUAAUCGAUCACUACAAAAUGGAUCAAUAUAUAUAUUUAAAGAUGUAUAAAGUGGAACGUAAGAUAAUAUUUUGAAAAUAAACAUCUUAGACGAAGAAGGAAAUUAAGUAAAAUUCUAGAGUUUAAAAAACGUCCCAGAUAGAAUUUUAUAAGAAUUUUCUUAAUAUUAUGUUGAGCUCUAGGAGCUAUAUUUACUAAACAAUAUUCAAGAUUUAAGGUAAAUUGACUUAAAAUUAUAAGGUGCGACUAUUCAACCUUUUGAGUUAGAUGAAUUUCUUUUAAAUUCGUACUAAGUAUCAGGGUAAUUAGGAAAAAGAGGGAGAGCAGUAUUAUAAUUUAAAGGAUUCUACUUAUUUUCUGAUUAAACACAAGGAUUUACUGAUACUUUAACUAUUUACAUUGAUUACAACUUUAGAGAUUGUUAAAUAGGAGAAAUAAUAUAAUCAGCUUGCACAUCUUGUUCAUUAGCAAACUGCUAUACAUGUUAAAAUGGUACAUAUUCAAUUCAAGAUCCAAACUCAAAUACAAGUAAUAUGUAAUGUAAGCCUUGUGAUUACUCGUCAAGUAUUUCUUGCUAUGGAAGCUAAAUUAAUUUAAAAUAAGGGUUUUGGAGAUCUGAUAAAUUCAGCGAUGAUAUAAUACCUUGCACUAAAUCGUAAAAUUUUUGUAACGGAUAAGAAGAUAAUAAUUAUUGCUCUGAAGGUUUAAUAGGACCUCUAUGCUAGACUUGUGAUAUAUUAGGAUAAUUUUGGAAUCAUUCUUAUGGGUAAAGUGGCUCAGAAGUUAAUUGCUAUUAAUGCUAAACAGAAGGAUAAUAAAUAGUUUAAUAGAUGAUAAUAUGUUUCUUUACAUUGUUAUAUUUGACAUAUUUAUUUUACUAAACUAAAAAUAAUUUGAAUAUGAUGACUAGGGUCUUGAUUAUUGAUAGGCUAGGACUAAUUAGAUUAGGUAAUUCGGGUUAAAUAGGUGAAAAAAGUUUUUAUAGUAGAUUGAUGAUUAGAUAUCUUUAAAUAUUUAUCAGUAUUUCCAGUCUUAGUCCAAAACCAAUAUUUAACUUUGAAGUAAUCUCAAUAUUUUCUCCUGUAAGUUCCAAUUAAAAUUUGCUCGAUUGUAUUGUAAGUCAAUUUAGUACUAUUUUACCUGUAUAUUAUUACAAAGUGCUAUUUUUUAUAGCAUUUCCUUUAAUACUUAUUCCCUUAGGGUUCAUAUUCUAUGUUAUAAUCAUUAAAAUAAUAAGCUGUUUCUCUAAACAAGAAAAGAACUCUUUUUAUUUUGAAUUCAAGAAAGACUCUACUGUCACUUGCUUAAUCUUCUUAUUCUUUUUCUUGUAGUAAAGCUCCUUUGAGUCUUUGGUUUCGACUUUUACUUGCAAAAAAAUAGGUAAGGAGUUCUUUAUGAACUACUACUUAUUAGAAAAGUGCUAUUCAACCAAUCAUGUGAUUUUGAUAACAUCUAUAAUAAUGCCCAUGGUAUUUUUAUGGAUAGUUUUAGUACCAGGGAUAUUGAUUUAUAAAAUAAGGAGUAAAUCAUAGCAUUUUGAUAAAUUUUCAUAUCAAUUUUAAUUAAUCAAAAAGUACGGUUUCCUAAUUUGUGGUUAUAGAUAAAAAUUUUAUUUGUGGGAGUUUUUAGCUAUGAACCUAAAGCUGCUCUUAGUAUUUUUAGUAAUAUUUUUUGAUUCCGACAAACUUAGUAGGGCAUCUUUGAUACUAAUUAUCCUCUACUGCUAUCUUCUGCUCUUACAAAAAUAUUAACCAUACUAAAAGAUUAAAUACUUUAAAAUAGAUUUAUUUUUUUCUUAAAUUUGCUGUUUGCUCACAAUAUUAUAUAUCCUGCUCAAUACUAUAGAAUAUGAUAUUCUUUUAUACCUUGGUACUAUUAUUGCUUAUAUUUUGCAAGUAGCAGCAUUUUUAAAAAUUAUCUUAGUUUACUUAGAUACCUUAAUUAGGCUUAAUUAUCAUUUGGUUAAAAAAACUAAAGUUGUAUUAAUUAUAAAAGGAUAUUUGCAAAACAGGUAAACAUGCUUCAAAUUCUUUAAAUAAUAAUUAAAAUAACAUAUGAAUUCUCUUUAUUUAUUAAUCUACUGCACAGAAGACAAUUCAUUUAAAAAAUUCAACAAUUUUUAGCUACUUAGACUUUCAAUCUAAGAUUAUAUUUAGAGAAAAAAAAUAGACAAAAAUGCUCCUUUCUUUUCUAUUCCUUAGCCUAAUGAUGAAAAUAGCUUUAAAGAGACUAACACUUAAGCAUAUUCUACCAGAAAAACCUAUCUUUCCAAAUGGGUAUUUUAAAAAUAGAGAAACUCAUAAUUAAAUUCAAAUUAAGGUUCUCCAAAAAGAUUUUUGGUUUAGUUUAAUUAAGAAAGCUAAUCUACAACAUAAAAUAUUAUGCUAAGCUAAUAAUCUAGUCCAACAGCAAAUAAAAUGUUUUCUGAUUUACAAAACAAAAAUCAAACAUAAAUGGAUUCAUAAUUUACUGAAAGCAUUAGUGAGUCAGAAGCAAAUUAAUAAAAUAACUACUCAACUAAAUAUAAUUUUAGAACAAGAAGCAAUACCAAAAAUAUCAAUCAUGAUUAGUUUAUGCUAUUGUACAGAGAUUAUAAAAAGAAUGAUAAAGAUUUAGAUUCAAUCUUUAAUGAUUUACCUUCUGCUUAAAAAAAACAAACUUUUUAAUCUGAUGAAGUCAAUUAGAUAGAAUGA